AGGCACAUUCGCCCGGCAGUGCUGCUGUUUUUCUGUGAUAACCGAAAACAUCGUCAACAAAAAAGCGUUUUCGGCGCAGAAUUAUGGAGCGCUUCUUAUACUCUUACAGUUUUGUAAGAAUCUUUCUAAUAUGAUCGUCUGUUCGAAUUCCUGAUUUAAGAAGCAAAAUCAAAUCAUGUUACGGCUUGUUACAAGAAGCUUACCAAGAACCGCACAGCUUCACACCACACAGAAACAUAUGUAACCAGGCAAUGUUGGUUACGUCGAGCGAUCCCAGCCAGUCUGCAGAAUUCUGCUGUUGCUACAACUUGUAAAACAAGUUGCGAAAAUCUAUCUUCUUUUAGAUUAGCUGAUGUCCUGACUAGAUUUAAAAAUCUGCAUCGCACACCGAUGUUGGUGCAGAGCUGUCUGAAGAAUGACUGAAAAGGGUCCCGGUAGAACAUCGAGCAGCCACACUAAUCUCAAUGAUCCCAAGGCUAAAUCUAAGCCGGCCGCUGCAACGCCAGCUAAGCGCCAACCGGGAUAUGGAGGCCGCCGAGAUAGCGGGGCUGCCGGUGGAAGCAACCGUGAUGCAACGGCGGGACAAGUUCCCUAUCAGAUUGAUGAUCAAAUGCUCAAUGAACUUAACAUUCGUAUGUCGCAUGAUGAGGCGGCUAUGCUGGAUAUGGAACGCGAUUUCCAGUUGGUCAUCAAAGAUUUGAUUGGCAAUGAAAGUCUGGGCAAGUUCCGUGUCGAAUACGAAAAACUUCAUCAGGCCAUCAAAAUGGCGCAUGAGAAUGAAAUCAAGUUGAUGGGCAAAUGCCGGGAUUUACAUGCGGAGAUUGUUGCCAACUCCAGCAGAAUAACCACCGCAACUCGGUUGGCGCAGGAAGACCAGGCUACCAUACAAGCGCUGAAGAAAGAGAUAGAGAAAGCUUGGAAAAUGCUCGAUGAAGCACAUGAACGGGAGGACAAAGCCGGAGAGACCAUAACCACACUCAAAAUGGAAAUCGGUAAUCUGACCCGCUUGGUAGAGAAGAAUGCCAAUUUUGCAACCGGUCAAGAACACAGUGCACAGGAGUUGCUGCGAACCAAGGACAAGCUGGCGCAAGAGCGCGAUGAGUACAUUGUCAGACUGGAGCAAGCCCAGCAGGAGCUGGUGGAAACAAAGAACAAAAUUGGCGAAAUUGAAAGAAAUUUUCAGGACGCCAACGCUGAGAGGUGUCUGCUUGUGGAGCAGUUAGCCGAGAAGAAAGACGAAAGAAGUCGAGAAGAAAGACGGCGAGAAAAGCUGGAAAGGGAGCUCAGGCAGGCGAAACAGGAAGUCGUCGAUGCCAAAAAGGAGGAAACAAACCUAUCGGAUGAUCUGGCCAGGGCGGAGACAACUAUGGCACAACAAAGGACACAGCUACGCGAACUAAGGGUGGAAGUUGACCGCAUGAAAGCCGAUUUGGGAGCCAUGGAGAACAAACAAAAGAAGCUGCAGACCGACUACGACACACAAGUUAAUACCGCGGAAGAACUGCGUAAAGAAAACGUCAAGAUUAAGCAGGAGCAGGAUUUGCAUGAAUCGGAGGUGCACCGAAUGAAUGUCGAAAAUGGGAAGCUCACGAAAGCCAAUGAGGCCAUUCUGCGAAAAGUACAGACCUUAGACCAGGUUAAAUCGCAGCUGGAGUCGGACCGGGAGAUUCUUAAAGAGCAAGCGAUUGAGCUGGAAAAGCGACUUGAAACACAACGGCUGCAAGGCAUAGCAGAUCGAAAAGCAAUGGAAGAUCUGUUAAGAGAACGUGACACUAUUAGGAGAAAUCUGGAGCGUCACAGUUCGGAUGCCGACAAGCUGGAGGCGCAAAUUCUCACAGCCAAAAUGGAAAAACACGCGCUUGAGCUGGAGAUACAAAGAUACGAGCAAGAAGCUCAGAAAUCCAGGAGAAUUUUGGGGAAUCUGGAAAAGGAGAGAGUAAAAAAUGCCGGUACGAUAAAUGCAUUGAAAGAAGAGAUUCUAGACAUGACAAAGAAUGUCAACGACAAAGACAGCAAGAUUGCCGAUCUGAAGCGGCAAAACGAAGAAACCGAUGCGAAGACACAGGCCAUGCGUAAUCAACUAGAAACCAUCCGCACCGAGCGCAACAUUCUCAGCAAGAACGUCAGCGAUGCCAAUGAAGAGAUUGAAAAGUACAAGCGACGAAUCAAAAUUAUGGCAGAUCAGAUGGAACAACUACGGGAUCAAAUCUCCAGAGUGGAAGGUGCUAUUGCUAAAGAGCAUCUGGAACGGCAGCGUCUGGAGACGGAGCGGAAUACACUUCGGUCAGAGUUGACACUGCUGAAGAAGAAGACCCAGGAUAUUGAGAACAAACUGGGUGAUGUCGAAUCUGAGCAGGUUAAAUUAGUGCGGAUUAUUAAGCAUGCCGACCAAGAGAAAGAGCAAAUGUUAAAAGAAGUUCAGCGUAUUACGCGAGAACGGGAUAUUCUCGGUACGCAAGUGGUGCGCAGGAAUGAUGAACUAAUUUUGCUGUCGGAAAAGAUAAAGAUCCUGGAAUCUAUCAUGGAGAAGGGUGAAGGAGCUUACAGAGCACGGUUGGAAGAUAUACGCGUGCUUAAGCUGGAAUUACAGAGGCUUAACCGCGAAAAGGGUAUAAUGUCCAGGAAUUCGUCAGCCAUGGAAGAAAUGCGUGCGGAAAUUUAUCGCCUGAAUAAGGAUCUCCUGUCGGAGAAGAACCACUGUAAAACUUUGGAAGAAGAGCUACGAAUUCCCGCUAAUGCCCAUCGCUGGAGAGCGUUGCAAGGAAACGAUCCCAGCACAUAUGAGCUGAUACUCAAGAUACAAACGUACCAGCGUCGCCUGAUCAAGAAGACGGACGAAGUUAUACAGAUAGAACGCAUGCUGCAAGAGAAAGAAAAUCUGUACAUCGAACUGAAAUCAAUCAUGGCGCGCCUACCCAGUCAGGAGAUUUACGAAAAGGUCAUACAUCUCCAAAAGGCCUUGCAAGACAAAACCAAACAGAUGCGGGGUCUAACAGCGGAUGUCAACAUGUACACGUCCAUGUGGAAUGAAGAAAAACUCCUGAAUGAGAGAUUGAUUCGAGACAUCGAAGAGUACAAAGCACAGUAUUUCCGGCUGCGAAAACUUAGCGACAAACGGUCGACUUCCCAAAUUUUUAGAAAGGGAAAUGCGGAUUAUGGUACAGAUUUACCAUUGUACCAGAAGACAAUCUUUUACGGGGGUGGUUAUAAAACUCAGCCAUCAAAAUCUACACCUAACUCCCUUGCUCUUACAAUGAUUUCAUCAAGGAGCGCCGAGCAGCUCAACCAAGAGGCAACACGAGCAAAAGAUACCAAUAUAGCGGUGAUCAAUCUGGGAUUUUCGCCAAACGUCAGUUGAUCAAGUUCAGCACAACUUUGAAGCAGUGUAUGUGUUAAAGGGUGAUCUCCAAAGUGGUGCAAAUUAGUGGAUACUCCGAUUUGGAAUUUGGUUGGGACUGAAUUGUAUGGGAAUCCUGUACUCCGAUUUGGAAUUGACUUGUGAGUUGUUACCUUGUCGUUUUUUGUACAGUUUGUUUUAUUCUUAUGCUGUAUGUGCGCUAUCAAGGAAGCACAGCACGGAGUCGUACUCAUUAUGUUCUUUUGGAAUACCAAAAUUAAUGUAUAUUGCUGGUGCCAUAUGCCAAGUUUAUACCAACCGCAGA